UUAUCCAUUAAAACACUGCUCUCUGACUGCUGUUGUCUGUGUUUCUCCAGGUCUCCAUUGAAUGGGAAAGGCAUGUUCGUCCGAGGAGACCCUGAUGGGAUAGUCCUGCAGCCCCACCAUAAUCUUAACCAGACCCCGCAGAGCAGUGUGGCAUCAGGCCUUAAGAGUGGCCAGCCACUACUCAGGCCCAUUGCUGUGGGAUCAGAAUGCAAUGAGAAUUAUCUUCUCCCUGAUCUCCUGCAGAAGAGCCCGGCCCAUGAGCCCAUGGCGCAGCACGGCCCACAUGACGUCAUCUACCCCCAGUCUCCGAGCAGACGAGGACCACAUUCUGGCAAACCUGUAAACUGUCCUCCAGGGAAAAGCAUCUCGUCCUCCUCCUUCACUCCCUUCAUAGACCCCAGGCUGCUGCAGAUCUCUCCCCCUCAGAGCCCAGUGGGCCACAGUCCCACCAGUGGCAGGCCACCUACUAAUCAGGAGCCAAUCAGGGGAGACGGCCACAGGAAGGGCUCCGUGGUCAAUGUGAACCCCACCAACAUCAGACCCCAGAGUGAUACCCCCGAGAUCCGCAAGUACAAGAAGAAGUUCAACACCGAGAUCCUCUGUGCUGGCCUGUGGGGUGUGAACCUGCUGGUGGGGACAGAGAAUGGUCUGUGGCUGCUGGACAGGAGCGGUCAGGGGAAGGUCUACUCUCUGAUCAGCAGGAGACGCUUCCAACAGAUGGACGUUCUGGAGGGCCUCAACGUGCUCAUCACCAUCUCAGGUAAAAAGAACAAGCUGAGGUUGUACUACCUGUCUUGGCUGCGGAACAAGAUCCUUCGGAAUGACCCAGAGGUGGAGAAGAGGCAGGGCUGGACCUCUGUAGGGGACCUGGAAGGAUGUGUGCACUACAAAGUUGUUCGAUAUGAGAAGAUUAAGUUCCUGGUGAUUGCCUUGAAGAAUGCUGUGGAGGUGUACGCAUGGGCUCCCAAACCUUACCAUAAGUUCAUGGCUUUCAAGUCGUUCGGCUCGCUCCCCCAGAGGCCUCUGUCCGUGGACCUGACGGUGGAAGAUGGACAGAGACUUAAGGUCAUCUACGGCUCCCUGUCGGGCUUCCACGCCAUCGACGUUGACUCGGGGACACCCUAUGACAUCUACCUGCCCACGCAUAUCCAAGGUGUGAUCCGGCCUCAUGCCAUCAUCAUCCUACCCAACAGCAGUGGCAUGGAGGUGCUGGUGUGUUAUGAGGACGAGGGUGUUUACAUAGACACCUACGGACGCAUCACCAAGGAGACAGUGCUGCAGUGGGGAGAGAUGCCUGCAUCUGUCGCCUACCUGCAGUCCAACCAGGUGAUGGGCUGGGGAGACAAAGCCAUCGAGCUGAGGUCAGCUAACACAGGCAACCUGGAGGGAGUCUUCAUGCACAAGAAGGCCCAGAAACUAAAGUUUCUUUGUGAGAGGAAUGACAAGGUGUUCUUUGCCACGGUGCAGUCUGGGGGCUGCAGCCAGAUCUACUUCAUGACACUGGGCCAAAACUCCCUGUUCAACUGGUGAGCUCUGGGGCUUAAAGACAACAUACAGCGAUCAUCUCAGAAACAACAUGAAUUAUACUCAGAUACAGUCUUCUUAAACACUGAAUUUACACUUUAGUAAUACAGCUACAUAAUCCAAUGCAUAUGAGAAUACAGUAUUUUCAAUCAGCAUAAAUUAAGUAUUUUUGUGGCUAAGGCCACCACAUUGGUUUCAAGUCUCUAGCUAUAGUACUUAAAAUGGAACUGACAGCAUUUAAGCGACAUAAAAUCGUAUUAAAAUAUGUUCAUAUACACCCCCAGGAAGAAUAUUACAUUUUUAAAAACAUUUUCUGACAAGCGAGCACUUAGAUAUGGUCAUUUAGAUAUUGAAUGUUUGGGAAUACAUAGAAUGUUUGGGAAUUAAGUAGACUAAGGCAUUUGUGAAAAUUCUAUAGCAAUAUAGAGUGGGGAAGCGGCCGGGCAUUUUGAGAAUUAAUAGACACUGCAGUAAAUAAAACCGAUUAAAAACAUCUGUCACGUACCAGACCGGAGUCUACGAAGACUGGUUCACCAUAGCCAAUCUUUCAACUGGACUGUGUGUUUACAGGCAGUAGCAACAACUCGACUUUAGAUCAUUAGAACACAUGGAUUUCUGCAAAU